AUGAAAAAGAUAUGUAAUUCUUCAUUUGCUGAUAAUGAUCUUGAAGAAGAUAAAUAUAACUUAUCCUCAUGCUUUAGAGCCAAAUCACUUUCAAGACUAAAUAAUUGUUCAAACUCUUCAAUUAAAAGUUCCCCAAAAGUUCGAGACCAUCUAAAAAUCUUAAGAAAAGACGACACAAAAUUGACAUCAAAAGCUCCGAUCGUCAAUAACUUCAUCCUAUCUUCUGCAUCUUCAGAGUCUCUAUUAUUAAAUUCCUCACAGAAUUUCCAGAUAAAUUACAUAACUUCCAAAUUUGCUUAUAAACGAUUCACAAAUUAUCAGAACCUGCGCAAAUUGGUAACCAUAAAAAUUAAAAAAAUCCCAAUUUCUUAUUACAAAAAAUCUGCUUUUCAAGCACACGAAAAGCCAAAUUUAACAAAUUGCAUAAAAAUUGAAAAAUCGAGCCUGGCAAAAAAGCAUAAAAUUAUUCCAAUGUCGUCAGAAUCUCUAAAUAGCUCUUUAACUCACAGUAAGAACGAUAAGCAAAUAAAAUACUUCACAAAAAGUGAACAAAUUUUAAGAAAAAAAAUUAAAGAAAAUGUAGUUUCGCUUGGAAAAAUUGCAAAAGAGAAGCCGAUUCCGAUAAAAAAAAUAACAAAACAGAAGGUAGUUUUAGAAAAAAUUGCAAAAGAUAAAAUAACUCCACUUGAUAAAAAAACAAAAGAAAAUACACCAAGUACAAAUAUAAUUAGAAAAGAAAAUCGAAAUUUGUCAAUAUGCUCAUGAGGAUCUGAUCAUUGAAAUUUUAAAAAAUAA